AUGAAGCUUGAAGAUGCGUCGAGCGGGUCCCUCGGACCGGUGAUCGAGGUGAUCCAAAGCAUCUUGAAUCAGACUGGCUACAUCUUGCCUGCAUUGGUGCUCUUCAUCAUCGCGCUCGCCAUCAAGUAUCCCAAUCGCCUGCCAGGUACCACCGAUCCGAAACAUCGACCUGGAGUGUAUUUCCCACCAGGCGCGGACCCUCUGAUCGGGCACACUCGGAUGAUCGUAGGCUUCGGGAGCGAAGGACAAUUUGAGAACUUCAAGGCGCUCAGCGAUGCCACACCGGCCGGAUCAUGGAACGUGAGCUUCUUGGGAACGUCUUCGAUGACCUUUGUCAACAGGCCCGAGUACCUCGAGUACAUUCAAAAGACCAACUUUGACAAUUUCCCAAAAGGCAGCCAAUUUACUGGACGACUGGGAGAUCUGCUCGGCGUAACGGGCAUUUUUGUGGCGGAUGGUCAUCCUUGGAAGACGCAGCGCAAGCAAGCUAGCCACAUGUUCUCCAACCGCGAGUUCAACACCUGGGUGCGAGCUGUCAUUCACAAUGAGCUGGACGACAUCAGCGCUCUGCUUGACAAUGUUACCGCCAAGAAUGGACCAGGCAAAUUGAUCUUGCCCGAACUGAUGUUCCGAUACACGCUAUCCAGUUUCGCCAAGAUGGCCUUCGCAGCGAAUCUCAAUUGUUUGUCACCCGAUCCCGACUCCCUCAAGCGCCCUGUGCCUUUCGCAGUGGCAUUCGAUCGAGCGCAGGCCAUCAUCAACGACCGCUUCAUCACUCCCGGAUGGUACAUUUGGGAAAAAUUCAACAAGACCGGUAGGGACAUGCGUUCUUCCAUCAAGACGAUCAGAGAAUUUGGUCUGGACAUCAUCCACAAGCGCUUGGCUGAGCGUCAAGACGAGAAGAAAGAUCCACUGGCACCGGUCGAAGGCACCAAGAAGGAGCAGCUCAAAAAGGAGGGCAAAGACUUGCUGGACUUUUUCAUGGAUCUCACCACCGAUCCCGAGGAGCUGCUCAUCGUCGUGCUCAACUUCAUCAUCGCUGGACGCGACACCACUGCUCAAAGUCUCAGCUGGCUCUUCUACGAGCUGAUGGCUCACCCCGAGCACGUGCCAAAGAUUCGCAAGGAGAUCGCGGAGAAGUUUGGCGAGCCAGAGGGAGGGGUGCGUCUGGAUUACGAGAGCUUCAGAGAAUUGCCAUACACUGUUGCAUGUCUUCACGAAGCUAUCCGACUGCACCCAGCUGUGCCCAAGAAUGGAAAGGCGGUGAUGAAGGAUGACGUCAUUAUUCCCCAGGGACCCAACCCGGACAAUCUGCCGCCAGUACGAGUGUUUGCGGGCGAGCGCGUUGGCUGGUCAGACUGGGUCAUGGCGCGCACGCCAGCCAUUUGGGGUGCAGACUGCGAAGAGUACAACCCUUCUCGAUUCCUCGAGACGGAUGAAGCGGGCAAGUUGCACCUCAGGAAUUUCGGUCAAUGGAAGAGCCACUACUUUAAUGCUGGACCUCGACUCUGCUUGGGCAUGAAUCUGGCUACUUACGAAGCUACCGCCUUCAUCGCUGCCGUCUUGCCACGCUUCAACUUCGAAUGGGCUACUGCUGCCCAGGGUCAGAAGAGCGCUUGGCCCCCUCAGUACGCUAACAGCGUCACUCAUCCCAUAAAGGAUCCUUACCUCGUAAACGUUACGCGCGUCAAAGCUUAA